AUGGCAGAUGAAGAUUGGGUGGCAGGAGUCCCUGGCGAGCUGGACGCCGCACCAGCACCCUUUGCUGUCCCUGAUGUGCCUGAUAUGCCUAAUGCACCUGAUGUGCCUGAUGGGCUUGAUGUGUUUGGUGCGCCUGAUGUGCCUGAUGUGCGUGAUGUGUCUGAUGUACCUCCACCAGCGGCACAGCCAGGAAGGGAGCUGGAUGCAGGGGCUCCACAGAGGAGUCUUAUUAUAAGGACGAUUUACACUGCCUACAUUCGAUCAGUCGUGGACUAUCUCUCCCCUGCGCUUGUGCAGCUGCCCAAAACUACACUGGAGCCUCUGAAAAAAUUCCAGAACACAGUCAUGAGACUCAUCUUAGGCUGUCCCAUGUCCACCAGGAUAGUCAACAUGCUGCAUGAGCUUGACCUCUCGCCACUAAUUGAAAGAAUCCAUGCAAAUGUCACCUAUUUCACCGUCAAGUGCCUCCAUUUCCCCCAUCUCUCCUGUCACUAUUCGCAAGUCAUCAGGACCUUCCUUCAGCCUCAUCCCCGCCUGCCUCGGCUGCAGCCCGGUGGCCGUGCUCUCAUCAAAACUGUCUGCUCUCAGCUGCAACGUUUGGACAUCAAUGUUCCUGUGGCUGACGUUUUCCCUCCACCUCCACCCUGGAUGCUGUCACUCCCAAUGGUCCACUUCACUCCCACCUACAAGGCUCACCUUCCCGUCCUGCAGAAACAACUAGCCCUGGACGCCAUAGCAUCGGUCUCGGCUACCAUCGUCACGCCACACCACCUCUACACGGAUGGGUCUGUGCAGGCUGACGGCACAGCAGGGUGUGCAGUUUUCUCUCCUGACGCGGCACCUCCAGCAGAGGGCUGGGUUGGACGUCGGCUGCCGGCUCAGUCCAGCUCCACCUUUUGUGAGAUGCACGGCAUCCUAGAUGCUGUGAGUCUCCUCUGUGAAAGACGCCUCAACGGUGUUGUCAUAUGGGACUCCCAGGCAGCCCUUCAUGCCCUUUCUUCGCCAAACCCAGUCUGUCGUCUUCUGGUUAACAGGAUCCUGACGGCCCUGGCCUUGGCUCAUGACCGAUUGUUGGUCAUUAGGUUUCUUUGGAUCCCCUCCCAUGUCUCGCUAGCUUACAAUGACACAGUGGAUCGCCUGGCUAAAGCUGCUUGUGGCCUGCCUGCCUGCGACGCUGGCCCUGCCCCCUCCCUCCGGUGCCUCAGGACCAGGAUCCGAGCAGCCUCCCUACUCUCUACGGCCGACAGGACUGCCGACCAGAGGGCAGCCAGUGUUACUAUUCAUCACUAUGAUGCCUUUCGUCACCAUCGCUUCAAGUAUCGACGCCGGGGGCUAUGGGUGAGGAGGCAUAAUGUGGUGUCGGCGUGGCUGCGGCUCGGCUACCGCCCUUUGUGGCAGGUGGCUGGCUUGGGAGACGAGCUUCACUACACCUCCUGUCCCCUGUGCCACUCUCCCAACUCGAAUCACUUGCGCCACUACUGCCUGGACUGUCCUGCUGUGGGAGACCUGCUCCCGCGCGAGCAGCCUCUCCUCGCCGUGUGCCAACACCUGCUGCAAGGCGACCAUCUAGACCUCAUGUUAGCCCAACACCCACAGUUUGGCGGCUGUUAG